UACCCCCUGUUACCCCCUUUACUAACUUCUUCUUCUUCCCAUCUCCUAUUUAGCAACAAAUCUUUCAAGGGUUUUUCAGAUAAACAAAAAUCUCUUUCCCUCAUGAGAUGGUGGGACUCAGUGUAGUACUCGAAGGUUACAAUAAUAAAGAUAUUAAUACAACUACUUCUACUUGGCAAAUUCUUAACAAAGCUAGUAUGGUAUUGAUGAAACCCACUUCUCCCUCCUCGAUCCCUUCUUCUCCUUUUUCCCCUCGAAAAUCUCCAGCAGCUUCUGGAUUUCUCGAUUCCUGUUUCCUUUGUAAGCAGAAACUCUUACCUGGCAAAGACAUCUACAUGUACAAGGGAGAAUGGGCAUUUUGUAGCGUAGACUGCAGAUGCAAGCAGAUUUUUAUGGAUGAAGAAGACAGUAUAAAGACGAAAUCUCAAGCUUCGAAUUCUUCUUCUUCUAAUAAAUCGUGUACUUCUUCUUCUUCAUCAUCGUCGUCGUCGUCUUCCCGGAGUAGGAAAAUGGCGGCGGGGAACCGACCCAAUGGGUUUGCAUACUGAGAAAGGAGUUCAGUUCCACGAAAAAUUUGCUGCUUUCCAGUUUUGUCCUCGAUACAUUUUGUAAUGCCUAUGCUAUCCCUUUCAAUUUUAUUUUAUUACCGUAGUAGUUUUAUUUUAUGAAAUUAAUAUUAGUAGUACGAAAAUUUGGAAACAAACAAAACUGCUGCUAGUUUUCAUUUAUCAGCCCCUGGGUUUUGGUUUCCCGUUGCCAAUUUAACUAAAUUGCAAAAUAAUGUUAUUGAGAAUCUUUCUUUUUCUAGAAUAUGGGGUUGUAGGGACUGUCGGGAUAUUCUGGGUAAUAAAUGAAAAA